GAGAAACUGGUCAACAAUCUGUAAUGUUUUGCCAAUUCCAAAAAUAAAAAAUUACAUUAAAUAAAAAACGCUAUUAUGGCAUAUGAUAACUCGUCUAGAUUAGAUAUGAAUAAAUAGACAAUAUUCUCAUGUUCGUUCCACUGCCAACAUUGCAAAACUCUCUGAAGAUAUCUUGUUUUCUUCAUAUUCGGGCGAUAUUAUGCUAAACUCUUAUUGGUUCGGUUAUGCCGCAGUCACACAUCUGGCUCAUUUCCACAUCGGGUAAAGUUUACACAUUAGCUACUGGCGAGCAGACAUAUAAGCGAAUACCAAGUAUUGGUUUGCAGAAGCCAAAUGUGAAAAAAGUUGCCUGUUGUCCUUGGGCAGCCUGGGCAAUUGGAUCUGAUCAUAAUGUUUAUCAGUUUGUCCAUCACUCAGCUGUCCCAAUACGAUAUCAAGAAGAAGUUUACGAAAAUGAAAGAUGGCUUCCGACUCGUGGAUGGUCUGGUAGACAUCUGCUACCAGGUCUUGAUCCUGCUAAUUGGUCCAACAAAGACGGAACAUACUACUUGGUUCUUGAUGAUGUCAAACUACCGUCAUCUUCAUGGAAAUGGGAGCACGACUGGUACGUUGACGAAAACGUUGAUGGGGAAGUAACAGAUAAAGGUGGUUGGCGUUAUUCAACGUUAGACUUUAUUAGGGGGAAAUUUGGAGCUACUAAAAGAUAUAAUUCUUGUGUAAGAAGAAGAAGAUGGAUUAGACAUAGAAUUUACAGUUCUACUGGUCAGUGGUCUAUUAUUCCUCCCCUUCGCCUUGAUCCCUUAUCAGAGCCUUUAGUAUCGUUAGCUGUUGGAGGAUUCUCUCUACCUAACGCAACACCAGGAAGUGCAACCGUAUGGGUUGUCAAUAUUAUGGGUCAGAUAUAUUAUCGAAGCGGAAUAGUGAGAGAUAAACCAGAGGGAACAAAUUGGAAUCAAUUGUCUAUAUCAUCAGGUGAAGAAGUAUUGUGUAUAAAUGCUGGUCCAACCUAUCUGAUAUGGGCUAUUACUUGGUCUGGUGAUGCGAUGGUCAGAAAAGGAGUUAGUUGGAGAUGUCGGAUAGGAGAAGAAUGGGUAAAAGUACAGGCUCCUGAAGAAUCAGAUCAUUUAGUUCAUGUCGGCGUGGGCUCGCAUACUGUUUGGGCGGUCUCUGUUUCUGGUAAAGUGUGGUUUAGGAGAGGAAUUACUGAAGCUAAGCCGGAUGGAACGUCUUGGGUUGGCAUGGUAGACCGCAUGAGAACUGUUAGCGUUAAUGCAUCAGACCAAGUGUUAGGAAUUUGUAAUGAUCUGAAAUUACAUUUUAGAAGAGGAAUUACUCCAGAAUCUCUAAGUGGUAAGACUUGGGAGCAGUUUGCCAAAUUUUCCGUCGAACACUAUAAAAUUCCAUCCACACUAACUCCUAUUAUCAGGCAAAAACGUCUUUCACAAACCAAGCCAAUAAACAUAAUACCUUCAGCUCCUCCGGGAAGACAGAAACGUGACGUUGAUCUAACCUCCCUUAGUGUAAGCUAUCAUAAGAGGACGCCAUCAGAGGGCUCUAGUCUUGGCGAUAAUAGUGAAGAUUUGGAAGAAGAUGAUACUGAAAGUGAAGAAGAGAACGAAGAGGAGUCUGAACCUGAAGACGACGAGAAAGGUCUAAAAUGGAUUUGGGUUUCAGCUUCGUCCUGUCUUGCUCAAAGCGAGGAGGAAUUAACAAUGUGGACUGUAAAACUGCUUACAAAUUCAAUUGAAAAAUUAUCUAAUUCGUGGAAAAAAGAAAUCCUUGAAAAAUUACGUUCAAGACGUUUGAAAGAGUUUUCUUCAUUUAAAUCGAAAAAAUACAGAUUAGCAGUGGAAGAGGUAGGAUGGACAAAAGAGACGUCUAUGCGACUGGCUUCAGACUCAAAACGACAGCAAUGGAUUGACUGUAAGAUAUGCUUGACUCAGGAUACGCUACAUUCUUCUUUACUACUUCUUUGGGAAAAAAAUCAACAGAUAAUGCCUGUUUCCGAUAUCCUUUGUGUUCAUUCUUUGGCAAAGUUUCCUGUCUUUAUUCUUUCUACAAAAAGCUCUAAAGAUUAUCGGAACUUGGAUCGAUUCUGUUUACAAGCUCAAAGCGAAUCGGAAAGAGAAGAAUGGUUACAACUUCUUAGAUCGGUAGAUUAUAGAUCUGAAAAUUGUCGAAAAGAGGCGUGGGCUAUAUCAUCGUUUGGACAAGCCUUUUAUCGAAGAAAUGAUGCUUGGAAAUUAGCCGGAAGUGGUCAUUUUCAUCAAGUAUCAACAGAUGGUGACUCUAUUAUCUGGACUGUUGGAGUCGAUGGAGUUGCGUGGUUUUAUGAUGAAGGGAAGUCAAAUAUUCAAUUAGAUAAAAGUAUUUCAAUAAUUUGGGAAAAUCAACGGUGGAAUCCGAUAAGUGGAUACAGUUCCCGACGUCUUCUUCUGGAUCCACCUUCUUGGAUGGACGAGAGAGGGCGUGCCUGUAAUAAAAAUGAUGUAAAAUUACCAAGUUCGAAAUGUGUUUGGACUAACGAUUGGGCUAUAGAUAUGAAACCGGAUGGAGGAGCUGAUAAGGAUGGUUGGCAAUAUGCCAGAGACUAUACCCGAACAUGGAGGGCCCAGAGGAAGCUUCGUCAUUCUUAUGUUCGUCGUAGGAAGUGGGUGAGGACUUGGCGAUUAUCUAGUUUAGGACCUUGGACAGAGGUCGACUUGAGUCCAGACGCUCCAAAGUUGUCUGAAGUCACAGUCAGAACUCUAUGGAAUGGGGAAGCAAAAGUAUGGUGUUCAACUGAAUCGGGUGAACUUUUAGAACGACUAAACGUAAGCGAGAGUUUGCCAGGGGGCAGUGCUUGGCGGCACGAGGCAAUGGACUUAAAAUUCUGUUCCGUUUCGGCAGCUGACGAGAGGAGGGUGUGGGCUGUUUCAACAGAGGGAGCAACUUGGUUGAGAGGUUCGAGACCAAGCGAAGAAUGUUGGAUUCAUGUCCCUCCCCCGUCAAGUGUAAAACUAGUUCAAGUGUCUGCAGGUAGAGGUAGUGUAUGUGUUAGAGACGAAAAAGGAAAUAUUUGGGAGAGAAGAGGCGUUAAUGCUUCUUUACCAGAAGGUACAGAUUGGCAGGAGAUUGCUACGGAAUCCUGUCACGUAGCCGUAGGUGAUGAUGAUAGGGUGUGGAUUGUUAAAACUAGUCCAGAAAACGAAUGCUUUCAAGACAUUCAGCAAAUUCUUCCAACAAAUUGCGCAGUAUUAGCGGAUGGAUGGAAACACGUUUGUCUUCGAUGA